AUAUCUGAAAAAUUAGAAUGCGAGAAGAAAUUAAAAGAUACAUUUCAAUACCAAACGUUGAGCGCUUAUCAGUAUUGUUAUCAAAUUAUUGUUUCAAAACAAUAUUUAAAUAGGUAUGAUGAAAGGAUUUUUUUACUUAAUUUGGAAAGUCCCUAAAGUGACAUGGUGAUAAACAAAAAUUGCAUCGUUGAAUUUAACUUUACAAAUUUUUUAAUAUACUCACGAUCAUUAUAUCCGCCGGGUCCUUUGGCUCUACCUUUAAUAGGUAAUCUUUUAUCAGUAUGGUUGGGUUUAAAGAAAUAUAAGUACCACCAUAAGUUAUGGCAAUCGUGGUCACAGACAUAUGGCAAUAUUCUUGGCCUGAGAUUGGGCUCGAUAAAUGUUGUGGUGGUUUCUGGUAAGGAUAUGAUUAAAGAGAUUUCAUCUAGAGAGGUGUUUGAAGGCCGCCCUGAUGGAUUCCUUUACACCAUGAGAUCCUUUGGAAAAAAACUGGGUAUUGUAUUCGCGGAUGGCCGAUCCUGGAUGAACACUAGACGGGUUGCUCUGAAAUACCUUAGAAAUUUCGGCUACGGCACCCGAUCCAUGGAACUUAUCAUUACCGAGGAGUGUUUAGAACUCGUAAAACUACGCAAAACUGAUGCGGGUCAGCCCAUUCUUGUUAACCAAAUGUUUAACAUAUCCGUUGUCAAUAUACUAUGGCGCGUCGUAGCUGGUCGAAGGUAUGAUUUGAAUGACGAUCGUCUUAAGCGCCUGUGCGCUCUUGUGAUGCGCUUGUUCCGCUUGGUCGAUAUGAGCGGAGGCAUCAUCAGCUUUAUGCCCUUCCUGAGACAUGUAAUCCCAGGUCUUAUAGGCUUUACUGAGAUGAAGUCCAUACAUUCAAGCUUGCAAGCCUUUAUCAAAGAAACAAUAGACGAACACCGAGCCAGUAUCGACGUAAAAAAUCCCCGUGAUGUUAUCGAUGCCUUUCUUAUGGAAAUGUCGACGAACCAGGAAAAUGCAUUUACAGAAGAAGAGCUACAUGUCGUGUGCUUGGAUAUGCUGGAAGCUGGCAUGGAAACUGUGGCCAACACAGCUGUUUUUAUGCUCCUUUACCUAGUAAGAGACGAGGGGGUGCAAAGAAGAGUGCAAAAAGAAAUUGACGAUGUCAUCGGAAAAAGGCAGCCUUCUCUAGGAGACCGAUCCAGAAUGGCUUACACUGAGGCAGUUAUCCUAGAAACCUUAAGACUAUCGAGUGUGGCUGCUAUGGGGGUUCCCCACAGGGCCUUAGAUGACGCACAUCUCGGCGGCUACCUAAUACCAAAGGGCACAUGUUUAUUGAUGGCAAUACAUGAUCUCCACAACGGCGAGUUCUGGGAAGAUGCCGGGACUUUCAAACCAGAGAGGUUUUUGACAAAAGAAGGAAACAUCAUACAAGAUGAACGACUAAUGGCCUUUGGUUUAGGCCGAAGACGAUGUAUUGGGGAAGGGCUGGCCAAGUCAGAACUUUUCAUGUUCUUGACUCACAUUUUGCAGAAAUUUUUCAUCCGAAUUCCUGAUGGAGAUCCGCCGCCAUCUUUGAAACCUGUAGAUGGACUUACGCUUUCUGCGAAACCUUUUCGCGUCAUUUUUGUAGAGAGAUAACUUUUCUAAUAACAAAUCUAUCGUAUAGCCCGAGUGUAGUGUUUAUUAAAAAGUAAGGUGUAAGUAGUUUUUAACGUUAUAAUUCAAAUUAUAUUACGAAACUACUUUGCAUGACCACAAAUGUAAUGUGGAAAUAUUUACAGGCUAACAUAAUAGAAACUUGUUUCUCAGUAUUAUUGUUUUCUAGCAAAAACUUCG